CCUCGAAUUAGCAUAUGACAUUUGAGCUCCGGAAGAAAAAUAUGGAAAUGCGGAUGAGACACAAAACAUCUUUGCGAAAAUGAUCGGUAAAAGUAAAGCCACGAAGGUCGGCUGGUUUGAUUUGUGAAUCGGGAGAAAUGUUUAUAUACCUUUAUGGAUCACUAGGAUUUAUACAAGAUGAAUGAAACCUUGUUACUAUUCUGAUUUCAAAGCGUCUUUUCAGAUCUGUUUGCCGCAUAAACAGGUGAACUAAAUUGUAAGGCUGAGAGAUCGAUGAGCCGUCCGUCUAUCAAGAUGGAUUUCGAGAACAAACUGACGGAGGAGCAAAUAAAAGAAUACGAGGAUGCAUUUAACUUUUUUGAUAAAGAUAAAAAUGGUUACAUAACUACGAGAGAACUUGGCGCCAUAAUGCGAUCUCUUGGACAAAAUCCUACAGAAGUUGAGCUCCAAGAGAUGGUGAACGAAGUAGAUUAUGAUGGCAAUGGGGUUGUGGACUUCCAUGAAUUCGUUAAUAUGAUGAUUAAUCAAAACAAUAACACGCUAGACCAGGAGGAACUACUAGAGGCAUUUCGCACUUUUGACGGAGAUGACAAGGGCUACAUAUUUACCAGUGAAAUACGUUACGUUUUACGUCAUAUGGGGGAAAAUAUAUCAGAACAAGUUAUCAAUGAUAUUCUUAAAGACUCAAAUCAUGGUAAAAAAAGAAAAGUUACAUUUGAAGAGUUUGAAAAAAUGGUUAAGCCUGAACUCUAGACCGACGAUCAUCUCAUAGGAAAUGGUUUUAAGAAUGAUUAUAUUUGUUAUUCCAGCAUGGAUGGUUCUUACCUACGCGAGAGUCAAAUCGAAAAUUUCUAUUUGUUUUUUUUUAAGUCAUGCCUCACACAUACUAUCAUAGUGUUAUAAGUGUUGAAGAUAAAAUGGGGUUAAAAUGACCUGUCGUCUUUACACUUAGCAGCACCGACAAUCAGCACCAAGAAAAACUAAAGAUGCAAAAAAUGACGGAUUUACUCAAAUGACACGGAGCAUGAAAAUAACAGAUAUUAAUAUAAGCGUUUCCUGCUAUUUAUGCAAUUUGUGGUAUUACAGAGUAUUAUAAUGUGUCAGGCUUGGCGUUUGAUGCCUUCACACUGCAUGUCUUUAGCGGUAGGGUUUGUUUUUCGUAACAAUUGUCAAUUACAAAUCAUAGUAAAAUGUAACAUUGAAACCAUUAACAAUUGCUGGUUAAAAUGGCCGACUUAUUUUGGGGAAAUUUUUCAAAAAUAACAUGAAAUAAAAACAAAUUUGAAGAGGUGAA